AUGAGUGAUGACCCGGACUGGCCCGACUCUAAAUUCAAGGACCAGAACAAGCACCCGGACAGCCCGGAAACCUGGCCACGGCCAGAUCCCGGGGUCAGUGCGGCAAAGUUCCCGUAUCCAGCACCGCCAGGCAGCUCGGCUUCUUUGCCGUAUUCAGUGUAUUCGGGCGAACAAAGACCAUUGCGUGUCUUUGACUCCACAAGCAGUUUCAAUGUGCACGGGGUCGGCGACGGCGCGGAAUUCUACGAAACUAACGAUGGACUCAACCUCUUGAACGACUCUACAACCCAUCUCGCGGCACCAAGCGAAGCUGGGACAAGAGAAAGAGACGAAAUCGAUGAAGAUGACGACGUGGGCACGAGGCGAAGCCACCGCAGCCACCGCAGACGCCGUUCCAAACGACGAAAAGCCAAACCGUGGUACAAACAGGCCCCCUGGUGGACAUGGACAGUUUCAGCGAUCCAGAUUGUGGUGUUUGUUGUCGAGUUUGUCAAAAUGGGCGUCCUCACCGGGUCACCUGUCCAGACCAAGCCCUCGUUCAACCCAAUGAUCGGUCCGUCAAGCUAUCUAUUGAUUAAUAUGGGAGGCAGAUUUUCUCCGUGUAUGCGGCCGAGUGAUUAUGCCCCCGACACGGUGUGGCCAUGCCCCAAUUCAACCAGCAUCGAUACAGACGUCUGCAGCCUUGCCGAGCUAUGUGGCUUUGGCUUUAACCCAGAAGCACCAAACCAGUGGUGGAGAUUCAUCAGUGCCAUGUUUUUGCAUGCCGGAAUCAUCCACAUUGGCUUCAACCUGCUGCUCCAGAUUGUGCUAGGAGGAGCGCUGGAAAGAGACAUAGGCAUCGUGAAAUACAUGAUUGUGUAUUGGGCGUCGGGAAUUGGCGGAUUCAUCAUGUCCGGCAACUACGCUGGACGUGGAACAGUCACGGUGGGUGCCAGCGGUGCACUUUUUGGAGUGAUUGCCAUAGACUUAUUGGACCUUCUUCUGAACUGGCAGCUCUACACCAGACCCCUGUGGAAUCUUUUAUUUAUUAUUAUUGACAUUGUCAUCUCGUUUGUCUUGGGACUGCUCCCUGGAAUCGACAAUUUCGCCCACAUUGGCGGAUUCUGCGUCGGCAUUCUUACGGGGCUUAUCCUCAUGCGUAGUCCGCUGUCUCUGAGACUAAAGCGGCCGGAGGACCGUCGACCGCACAAAAAGUUCGACGUCGUCAAGCUGGAUAUGAGCAAGCCGCUCGAGCACUUUAAAAACCGCACCGUCUACUGGUGGCUGUGGUGGCUCGUCAGGCUGAGCGCGUUCGCGACCGUCAUCGUCUACUAUGUGCUCUUGCUGCGCAAUUUCGAGGAGAACCUGGACAACUGUAGCUGGUGCAAAUACUUAUCGUGCCUGCCUGUUAACGGCUGGUGCGACUCUGGCUAUUAG